AGAGCCACGCCCCUUUCUGUCCUCGAGCCGGACGCCAACGCCGGCAGGGAAGAGCUCCGUUGGGGUGUGGAGGGGAUUAUGACGUAUCUCCGGCCCUCGCCGCGCUUCUUCCCUGAAGAGGCGUAGGGCCGCGUCGUCCGCCGGCGUGCUCAAAUGCUUACCCCUCCCACUCCACGCCCCCUCUCCUUACUCGCCAUAAGUCCCGCGCGCCGGCUUCGUGGCCCUGCGCCUGCGCACGCCUCCCUCGGAAAGCAGGGGCUCUGCGACCCCGCUAGAGGUCGCUGGGGCGCGCAAGGGGGCGGAGCUGGCAUGACUGAUCAGGCGCUCUGGCGUCCAGGUGACGCAGAAGGGAGCUGGGAGUAGGCGAGGUCGGACGACUGGGCUGGCUAGAGUUGCCCGGUCGAGGAAGGGUGUGUGGGUGGUGCAUAAGGUCCCGGGCCUCUCUGGGCCGAGGGCCCUCUCUCGCUGUUGCGCUCGGCGCUAGGAGCAGAUCCGGGGCAACGGCUGUGGGCGGGAGGAAGGAGCCGGUUCCGGGGCAGCCUCCUCCUCCUCCUCCGCCUCCGCCUCCGCCUCCUCCUUCGCCGCCGCCCCCCGGAGAAUCUGUCCGCCUGCCUGGCCACCCGUACGCCCGCCCGCUGCGGGCCCAGCAGGCCCAGGAUGCCUGCAGCACUUGCGGAGAACAGCCAGGUUAUCUGUGAAGUCUGGGCCAGCAACCUAGAAGAAGAGAUGAGGAAGAUCCGAGAAAUUGUGCUCAGUUACAGUUACAUUGCUAUGGACACAGAAUUUCCAGGUGUUGUAGUGAGACCAAUUGGGGAAUUUCGAAGCUCCAUAGACUACCAGUAUCAGCUUCUUCGGUGUAAUGUUGACCUCCUUAAAAUUAUACAGCUGGGCCUUACAUUCACAAAUGAGAAAGGAGAAUAUCCUUCCGGAAUCAACACCUGGCAGUUCAACUUCAAAUUCAACCUUACAGAGGACAUGUAUUCCCAGGACUCCAUAGAUCUCCUUGCUAACUCAGGGUUACAGUUCCAGAAGCAUGAAGAGGAAGGUAUUGACACUUUGCACUUUGCGGAACUGCUCAUGACCUCAGGAGUAGUUCUCUGCGACAACGUCAAAUGGCUUUCAUUUCAUAGUGGUUAUGAUUUUGGCUACAUGGUAAAGCUGCUAACUGACUCCCGAUUACCAGAAGAAGAGCAUGAAUUCUUCCAUAUUUUGAACCUCUUCUUCCCAUCUAUCUAUGAUGUGAAAUACUUGAUGAAGAGUUGCAAAAACCUUAAGGGAGGUCUUCAGGAAGUUGCUGAUCAGCUGGAUUUGCAACGAAUUGGCAGGCAACAUCAGGCAGGCUCAGACUCACUGCUCACUGGAAUGGCAUUCUUCAGGAUGAAAGAGUUAUUUUUUGAGGACAGUAUUGAUGAUGCGAAGUACUGUGGACGGCUCUACGGCCUUGGCACAGGAGUGGCACAGAAACAGAAUGAGGACGUGGACUCCGCUCAGGAAAAAAUGAGCAUACUGGCUAUCGUUAAUAACAUGCAACAGUGAUAAGAGGGACAGGGUACGGCUCUGCAGGAUGGGCCUAAUUCAGUACUGGUGCUUGCUGUCCUGACUGGUCUCUGUAUGUGUAUAUCUCUCUCCUUUCCCAACAGAAAGACCUUCUAUUGAGUGAACUGUUCCUACAGUCUGAAUUGAGCAGAAAGACUUUUGUUUUACUGAAGACAAGUGAUGUCUUCAUUUUAGAUCAGAUGAAAGAAGUUCACUCUGAAUUUGUAAACAAGUCUUCCCCCAAUCCUCAUCCCCAAUCCUUUCCUUUCCAGUUGCCAUCUACCAUCGGCACAUAUGGCUCACUGGACACCUUUUUAAUAUCAGGGACAAGUCAGAAACAAACAAGUAAAAUGUGUAUAACUCUUACCUGUUGUCACUCUUUUCAUUUUAAAAUUUGUUGCUAAUCUCUGAGAAUGAAGACCUGUAGAUACUCUGACGCUCAGCUGAGUUGGGAGCUGCCAAUGAAAACAGGACAAAACGGUGUACUUGUGGACUGGCUUGUAAAUGUGUAGUUUUUAAAAUUCCGCUUUCUCACUGCUAGAAUGGAAAGUUUCUCUUCUUAAAAGUAAAAAAUUCAACUACUGGUCUACCCUUCAGUUAUAGCACUCUCCAGAGCUCAGGAUCUGGCCAUUCAGAUGUCUUAAGUGCAUUGUUCCAUCAUGAUACAGAUUUGCUGUAUCUGAUGUGCUGCUUCUGAAUUCUUUUUCGGUAUUAACUUUGAUAAAACAUCUGGGACUUAGAUGGAGAGAAAAGCCUCCCAAUUUCUAUUUCCUAAACAGUAACUUUGUACCAGCAGUUUUCCAAUUCAGGAAAAUAAUGUCAGAUGGGCAUUUGGGAUUCUACCACUUCUCUUCCUCUUCGUUCUCCCUUAUUUUUCCUUUCAGCGAGUCUGAGGAUAAGGUGAGGAAGUAGAUUAAUGUGAGUAGUAAGAAGGGCAGCAAAGGAUUCAGUUUUUGUUGAUAGAAUUCUCUUGAAAGUAGUAUUCCCACAUCUGGGAUAUAAAGCUCAGGACAAUUAUUUUUCUUUUUGUUUUAAAAUCUAGUCAUUCAAGAAUUGUUUUCUCUUUCUUGAAUGACUACAGUGUGGACUCUUUUUUGAAGAUCAAAAUUCCUGUUGUACUGGAAAGAAGGAAACUGGUUACUCACUGAAGUAGAUAGAUAAGCCUUGAAUUUUAACAAGCUUAUGUUAGAUUCAAUUUGUGGUCCUUUAAGCAUGUCUCAGGUAUUAUAAGCUGGUAUUUAAAAUGAUUGUAAAUAUUUGUUUUUAAUUUUGUAAAAUAAAGCCUUUUUUAACCACUA